AUGGACCCUCAGAAAUUACCGGCAUUCCCUUCGUUGGCCACAGUCGAGCAAUUGAUAAUACACGAAAAGCGAGGAAACUGUGUACCAGUAUACGUUGAGCUCCCUGCCGAUCUCAUCACACCAUGCAUGGCAUACCUCAGAGUCUCCAAAGAUUCUAAAUAUAGUUUCCUACUCGAGUCGGUCAUCAAUGGUGAAAAUGUUGCUCGGUAUAGCUUUAUUGGCGCUGAUCCCCUCAAGAUCAUAAAGACUGGUCCUGGAGAGGAAUUGACUGGUGAUCCUAUGAUCGCCCUACAAAAAGAGCUUUCGCUGCACCAGUAUGUCAAGAUACCAGAAAUUCCAACAUUUACUGGUGGUGCCCUUGGUUACGUCUCUUACGAUUGUAUCCAACACUUUGAACCAAAGACGAAGUGUGACCUCAGUGACCCCCUUGGGAUCCCUGAAGCGGUCUUUAUGCUCGUUGAUACCCUCCUGAUUUACGAUCACAUCUUCCAAACCCUCAAAGUUGUGUCGCACGUCUUCAGCCCAAAAAAUAGUGGAACUGGCAACCUUGCAUUUACAUAUCAAACAGCUAUUGCUAAAGCUCGCAGGCUGGCCAAAACUCUCCUUUCGUCAGUGACCCCAGAACCUGUACAACCAAAAGUCACUGUUGGUGCUGAAGCAGUGUCCAAUGUUGGGAAAGAGGGAUACCAAAGUUUUGUGACGUCUUUAAAGCAGCAUAUCAUUGCUGGGGACAUCAUUCAAGCCGUGCCAUCUCAACGGCUAGCACGACCAACGGCGCUACACCCUUUUAAUGCAUAUCGACAUCUGCGGCAGGUCAAUCCUUCUCCCUACAUGUUCUAUCUUGACUGCGGCGAUCUGCAAAUCGUUGGCGCAAGCCCGGAAACCUUAUGCAAGGUUGAAAAGAAUGUUGUUUACAACCACGCAAUCGCUGGCACGAUAAAACGAGGAAAGACACCAGAAGAGGAUGAAAAACUCGGGGCCACUCUGUUAGCUUCAGAAAAAGAUCGUGCUGAACAUAUCAUGCUGGUUGAUCUCGCGCGGAACGAUGUCAACCGAGUGUGCCAGCCUAAAACAGUCAAGGUUGACCACCUGAUGAAGGUUGAGAAAUUCAGCCACGUCAUUCACUUAACGUCUCAAGUAUCAGGAACUCUGCGAGAUGGCUUGACAAGGUUCGACGCGUUUCGGUCUAUCUUCCCAGCAGGAACUGUGUCGGGAGCACCCAAAAUCAAAGCCAUUGAGAUCAUUUCUUCUCUAGAAAAGGAACGCCGUGGGGUUUAUGCUGGAGCUGUUGGCAGAUUUGAUUUUGCAGCUGAUGAAAUGGAUACAUGUAUUGCCAUCCGGACCAUGACGUUCAAGAAUGGUAUUGCCUACUUGCAAGCGGGGGGCGGCAUUGUAUAUGACAGCGUCGAGGAGGAUGAAUAUGUGGAGACUAUCAACAAGUUGGGAGGCAACGUUAGAGCCCUGGAAGAAGCAGAACGCUACUGGCAUCAAAUCCAAAGAAAUCAAGCGGAGGAAAUAAGAUGA